UUCCGUUAUGAGGUCACGGAGGGGGACUGAACCGGGGGCGCAGCAGGCGGAGAGUCGUGCGCUGGAGAACGAUAAACAUGAGAGCAAGAGACGUACUGUAUAAGCGGUAGCAGGAAACGUUUUAUUUGAAUAAGGUUAGCAAAAAGAAUAACGGAUAGCGCCGCGGAGAGUCUAAGAAGAGAGAGACUGAUAAAUACUAGUGCGCAGUCUCUUCGUUACGGGUGCGUUGAACGGAGAGAAAUCCCCUUGCUGUUAGCAAAACGGACUCUGAAGGGAGAGAGAAGACGUACGAGUACAGUGAAGAAAGUUUCCAUUUCUUGAAACAAACUGGAACUCCGACCAUAUUGUGGAACAGAAAUCAUGCUCCCCAUGUACAGUGUGGGAUAGUUUGAGUCUCAUGUGCGUUUGGACGGAUAUUUUUCUCUCCUGGUUUACGGUUACCCGGACUAAAGUUUCUUCUGGCGGAAAGUAGACUUGAACACUGUACGCCACGACCCUGGACAUUUUUUUCGGAACUUCUUUGACUGUUAUUGGAACUGCGUGCUCGUCGUGUUUCGGAGCUCCACAAGGGUAUACUAGCUCGCUGGUCUGAGCGGGGGUCCGGGGGGCGGGUAGUAGGAUUUUAUUUAAUUUUUUCCCCAUGGCCUCUUCCAGAAUGUAUCUCCUUGCAGUAUGCAUUUUGGUAUCUGUGUUUGCGAGGAGCAGCAGGGCUCUACUGUGCCUGCCGUGUGAUAAGUCUAAAUGCGAAGAGCCCAAGCACUGCACCGGGGCGGUUGUGCUCGGGAUCUGCGGCUGCUGCUCGGUCUGCGCCAAGCAGAAAAACGAGAGCUGCGGUGGGGUUUACGGUCUGUACGGGACCUGCGACCGGGGGCUCCGGUGCGUAAUCAGACCGCCGCUAAGCAGAGGCUCUAUCACGCAGCAUGAGGUCGGGGUGUGUGAAGACGAAAACUGGGACGAUGACCAGCUGCUGGGGUUCGAGCCCUGCAACGAGAACCUGAUCACCGGCUGCAACCUCAUGGAUGGCAGGUGUGAGUGUGACAGCAUCCGCACCUGCAACAACCCCUUCGAGUUCCCCAGCCAGGAGGCCUGUCAGACUGCCCUCAAGAAGAUCGAAGAGGAGCGUCCAGACUGCUCCAAGGCGCGCUGCGAGGUCCAGUUCUCCCCCCGCUGUCCCGAGGACUCGGUGCUGAUCGAGGGCUACGCGCCCCCAGGGGAGUGCUGCCCGCUCCCCAGCAGGUGCGUGUGCAGCCCUGCCGGCUGCCUCAGGAAGGUGUGCCAGCCAGGGUACCUCAACAUCCUGGUGUCCAAGGGCUCUGGCAAGCCUGGAGAGUGCUGCGACCUGUACGAGUGCAAGCCAGUGUUCAGUGUGGACUGCAGCACUGUAGAGUGUCCUCCAGUCCAGCAGGGGGAGUGUCCUCCUGACAGCUACGAGACCCAGGUCCGUCUGACGGCCGACGGCUGCUGCACCCUGCCCACCAGGUGUGAGUGUUUACCAGGUCUCUGCAGCUUUCCCCAGUGCACGGCGGGGAGUACCCCCCAAGUGGUCUCCCGCGGCGACGGGUCCCCAGGACGAUGCUGUGAUGUUUACGAGUGUAGCAACGACACCAAGCCUGCGUGCUCCUUCAACGGCGUGGAGUACCAUGACGGUGACAUGUUCAGGAUGGACGCCUGUCGCUUCUGCCGCUGCCAGGGGGGCGUGUCAGGCUGCUUUGCUGCGCAGUGUGGCGUCCUUCACUGCCAGCGCUACUACAUACCUGAGGGGGAGUGCUGCCCUGUGUGUGAGGACCCGGUCUACCCCGUGCUGAACUUCGCCGGUUGCUACGUGAACGGGGAGAUCCUGGCGCAUGGCGACCAUUGGCGUGAGGACGACUGCACGUUCUGCCAGUGCGUGAGCGGCGAGGCCCGCUGCGUGGCGGCCGCCUGCGGACACAGCUGCCUCAACCCUGUCACCGUGCCUGGGGAGUGCUGCCCCGUGUGUGAGGAGCCCAGCUACAUCACCAUGGCUCCCCCUGGCUGCCAGCUGGAGAACUGCAGUCUGGCAGAGAGAGACUGUCUUUACGGCUUCAAGCUGGACAUCACCGGCUGCCGGACCUGCCAGUGUCGCACACGAGAGGAGCUGUGCAGUGGCCUGAUCUCAGGCUGCAGUCUGAAGUGUCCCUACGGUCUUCAGACCGACGCCCACGGCUGUGACGUCUGCCAGUGUCGGCCACGCCCCAAACGCUGCAAGGCCCUGGUCUGUGACAAGGCCUGCCCCUUUGGAUACAUUAAGAACAAGCACAGUUGUGACACUUGCCGCUGUAAGAAGUGUCCAGAGCUACCAUGUGAUCUGUCCUGUCCAAUGGGAUUCCAGCAGGAUGAUCUUGGCUGCCUCAAGUGCCAGUGUAUAGACCAGACAUCUUCAUCUGUUGCUCCGUCUGUAAAGAAGGGGGCUUGUUUGUCCAUGGACGGCCGUCGGCAUGACAAUGGCGAGAGCUGGCACGACGGUUGCCGGGACUGCUUCUGCCACAGCGGCAGGGAGAUGUGCGCUCUGAUCUCCUGCCCCGUGCCCGCCUGCGACAGCCCCGCCAUCCGCCCCGGGCAUUGCUGCCCCACCUGCCCAGAUGAGUCCAGCGUGCCCCCCCCUGCUCUGGGGGAGUCAUCGGUGUGUCUGGCCCCGGGAGGGGAGUUCUUCACCGAGGGGGAGACGUGGAACAUCGAUGCCUGCACCCAGUGCACCUGCCACAGUGGGCGUGUCCUCUGUGAGACUGAAGUCUGCCCGCCCCUGCUCUGCCAGAGCCCAAUCAGAACGCAGGACUCCUGCUGCCCACACUGUCCAGACGAGCCGUCCACCCCCCCGACCCCGGGUAACGGGAGUGUGAGCAGCUACUGCCGCAGUGAGGAGGGAGACAUCUUCCUGGCCGCAGAGUCCUGGAAGCCCAACACCUGCUCCAGCUGUGUGUGUGUGGACGGCAGCAUCAGCUGCUUCUCUGAGUCCUGCCCGCCUGUGGGCUGUGCCCGCCCAGUCCUCAGGAAGGGACAGUGCUGCCCGUACUGCCUAGACGCCACGCCGCGGGCCGUGUGCCACUUCAACGGGCAGACGUACUCUGACGAGGAGCGCUGGGACAUCGACAGCUGCACACACUGCUACUGCCUGCAGGGCCAGACGCUGUGCUCCACCGUCAGCUGCCCCCCCCUGCCCUGCCACCAGCCCAUCAUGGUGGAGGGCAGCUGCUGCCCCAUGUGCUCCGAGAUGUACGCCCCCACCAACGUCCCCAUCGAGAAGACGGAUCAGCGAGACAGGAAGCAGUCGCCUCCCGCCUGGCCCACGCACGGACAGAAUGACAUCAUGCCCCAGUUCAGAGGUGAUUUCGGCAGCCUCCAGAUGCCCUUCCUGGAUGGCAAGAGCCCUGUGCCCAGGGAAGAGGGCACCUUGCAGGGCGUGGCGUGGGUGGCCCUGCCCCUGGUGCUGAUGCUGGGCCUCGUCUCUGCCCUGCUGUACGCCAACCAGAGGAAGCACUGGAUUCCCCUGCUCUGCUACCGCACCCCAACCAAGCCCACCUGUCUGAACAACCAGCUGGUGUAUGUGGACUGUGAGAAGGGCACCAAGGUGCAGGUGGAGAGCUCCCAGCGGAUGCUGCGCAUCGCAGACCCAGACUCCCGCUACAGCGGAUACUACAGUAUGCAGAAACAGAACAACCUCAACCUGCAGCAAGACAACUUCUACCAGACACCCUGACAGACUGGCGAGCACACACACACACACCACGGUUAGACACACAUAUAUACACACUCUUACACCCUGACAUGUGUUUGACAGACACACACACAACUGAACAGACAGACACACACACGACUCAACAUGCAUAUGCUGACUGACUGACAGACAGACAGACAGACAGACAGACAGACAGACAGACAGACAGACAGGCAGACAGACAGACAGACUGACAGACAGACAGACAGACAGACAGACAGACAGACAGACAGACAGACAGACAGACAGACAGGCAGGCAGGCAGGCAGGCAGGCAGGCAGGCAGGCAGGCAGAUACGACAGAUUGACAGACAGACUGAGCAGACAGACAGUUUAAGAUACCCCUGACAGCAUACAACAGUUGCAUCGCUAUGUAAAACAGAUCAACACCACAACAACAGAAGCAAGGUCACCAUGGGAACAGGACACCAAGCAAGGUCACUACAGACAUCCAUAAUCAAUGUCACCAUGACAACAAGAAGGUCAACAGAAAGACAAAAAACCACAACUAAUUAGAACAUAAACAGAUUAACGACAAUCCCCUGAAGAUGGAAUCAAACCAAACACAGGACAAUGAUGACGAUAAUGAUGAUAAUGAUAAUGAUGAUUUAAAACAAACUUAGCUAGCAAAAUGGGAGGAACUGAAUCUAGACUUUUCCUAGAUGAUUCUUUCUUUAUUGCGAGUGUGUGUUAUCAGUUUGGUGUGUAUGGAUCGGCGUUUGUGUGUGCGUGUGUGUGUGUUUAGCAUUAGAUGUACAUCUUUGGGAUCUGGGUCUCUAUGGUAUUUUCCUGCAUUCCUGCUUCGAGGAAGAACAAAGCUAAGCUUCUCUCCCUGCCUCGUUGACCUUUAACCCCUCAACUGUACCAAAGCUCCUGUCACAAACACACACACACACCUGGACCCUACACACACCUGGACCCUACACACACUUGGACGGCGCACACAUCUGAUGUGUGUGUGUGUGUGACUUUGACGCAUGUGUUGGAGGGCAGGAGGAUUGAGGCCGUGCUGUGCCGAGGACGCACCUAAAGCACAACAAGACUGAGGACAGAGGGCAGGAGGAGAGAGGGAGACAGCGGCUGUUGUUUUUUCUUGGUUAUGUAGCGCCCCCUUCUGGUGGAGGGGGAGAGGAGGGAGCAGGGUCACUGUUUCACCCAGUGGUUCAUCCCUCUAUUCCUCACUCCUCUAUUUUCUGCCCAUGUGUAUAGCUAUUACUGGCUCCUGCACCUAUCCCAGGUGUGAAGUCUGUGUCGGUGUAAAGGGCAGGGGUCAGGGGUCAGUGCUGGUAGACAGAGAUAUUUGGGUCAGUGUGCUUGUAAAAAGUUCCCUUAUCUCUUCAACCCAGAUACCCCUCCACCUGUCUCCGGAUGAUGACACGGCCUUCUCCUAUUGGAGGCUCUUUAAUCACAUGAUCUCCUCACCCCCCUCCAAAUCAGCAGAUAGAAGUUGAUUGGUUGGGAGCUAGGAACACAUUGUGUAUAUAUUAAUGCUACGACAAAAAAGAAAGGAGUUUGGGGUUGUGUGUGACUAGAUGGAGGUGUGUCUGUCUGGAUGUUUGUAUAUGUGUCUGCAUGCAUGUAUGUACAUGUGUCAGCACACAUGCAUGCACACAUGGGGUUUUUUCUCUUGUAAAUUUCUCUUGUUGGUUUUCUUAUUGAAUGUAUUUAUGAUGGAGAAGACAGGACCUGCUAGAUGGGAGCAGAACAGGAUGAGAACAAGCGCCCGGGCGGUCGCGCUUGUUUGAUGGAAGUCAGUGGAGGUGUGGAAUGAAAGAACAGAUCUGAACAGCUCACUCUUUUACUCAAUCUGCCCUUCCAUUUUACCAUGUGUCGGUCCUGAGUUUUCGUUUGGACUUCAAACAUCUCUUCCUUCCUCUUUCUCAGUCUCCACAACAUUCUCUCUCCCUUCCUCUCUCUCUCCCUUCCUCUCUCUCUCCCUCCCUCUCUUUCCCUCCCUCUCUCUCUCUCUCUCUCUCUCGCUCUUCUUUUCACAUUCUAUCCCCAAAACUCCAUUGUCAACAUUCUCAGUCCCUCACCCUCUUUCUCUCUCUAUUCCUCUCUCACCCAAAAAAGCAUACUUCCCCUCUAUUUUAUCUCUCUCCCCAGCACCUUGUCUCGUCACCUCCUGAACUACUGUACAGAUAGACACAGAAACUGGGGAGGGGGUGUCCAGGGUGGGUAACUUUCUCUGUCUAAUCUAAAGACUUGAUGUUGAAUCUUUUUCCAUCAAUCCAAGUAUUGUUGUAAAUACUUGAGUGUUGCCAAAACAAACAAACAAAAAAACUAAAUAAAAAAAAACUACAAAAAAAAGUUAGUUGGAAAAGAAAAAAAAAUUCUGAACUUAAUUUAUUGUGUUGAUGACCGAAAUAAUUUAUUGAUGAUCAGAUAAUUGAACGCGGAGGUAUGGGGGAGUGAAGGACGACUCGGCCAAGGAUGAAAGGAGGAAGGAGGACUUCCUCCUCAUCCUCUGCCAGAUAGAUGUGGUCGACCAAUCACCAAGCCCCUUCACCAGACAGACCUCCUCUGCUCCAAUAAGAGCAACCAGUUGAGAGACCAAGGGUCAUGUGAUCUCUCUUUCUCUUUCUCUCUUUCUUCCUUCAGCACCUUGUCUCUUUCUUCACACAACACCUAUCUGUACAUUACUGUUGUUCAGUGCUUAUGUAAAAAGAUAAAAUAUGUUCUUGAUGAUAAUGAUAUUGCAAAACAAGAUUUAUAAAGAGGAUAAAUGAAGAUUGGACUCUGAAUUUCCCGUAGCACAGAAGAUUUUUUUGCAAGUUCUUGUAUUAUUUUAUUUUUUUCUUUGCAGCACAAUAAAUGAUUUGAAAACUGCU